GCUGAACUUGUGUAGCUUUCUCCAACUCUGAGCAGCAGUCAGUCAGCAGUGAGCUCGGCCGCCGCAUGGCUACUGUGUAAACUUUGCUCAACAACAACAAGUGGAGAGUGUAAGAUAAACGAAGAGGCGCACAGGCUCGGAGAACCUGAGGGACGUACUAGGAAGGUCUAUGAAUCAGGAACCUGCGCUCCACUGAACAAAUCGUUGCUCCCCACUCGUGCAUGUUUAAACCAGAGGAGAGCUCUGGUGCCGUGUGUCGGCCAGACGAUUAGUACAAACGAGUGGCAACAGCAGUCCGGAGGCAUGAUUUUGAGACGGGGCUCGGUGGUUGCUGCCUUUUUACUCUGCUUUCUCGCGAAGGUGUCAGAGGGAUCCGGACAAUUCGAGUUACAAAUCUUAUCGAUGCGCAAUGCGAACGGAGAGCUGCUGAGCGGCGUGUGUUGCGACGGCGCACGGAGCGGCGCGGAUAGAAAGUGCACACGGGACGAGUGCAAUACGUUUUUUAAAGUUUGCCUAAAGGAAUACCAGUCCAGAGUUUCCGCUGCAGGGCCCUGCAGCUUCGGAAUGGGAUCUACGCCUGUCCUGGGAGGGAAUACCUUUUCUUUCAAGAGCUCUGUCAGGAAUGACAAAUCCAGGAUAGUUUUGCCCUUCAGUUUUGCCUGGCCGAGGUCCUACACUUUGAUAGUGGAAGCCUUGGACUUCAACAAUGAAACCAGUGGUGUAGAUGGGAGGUUGAUAGAAAAAGCCUCUCAUUCUGGCAUGAUCAACCCCAGCCCGCAAUGGCAGAAGCUGACGCACAACGGCCCCGUAGCCCAGUUUGAAUACCAGAUCCGGGUCAGCUGCGACGAGCACUACUACGGUUUCGGCUGCAACAAGUUUUGUCGGCCCAGAGACGAGUUCUUCGGGCAUUAUACGUGUGACAACAAUGGAAACAAAACCUGCCUGGAAGGCUGGUCUGGACCUGACUGCAACACAGCUAUAUGUCGGCAGGGCUGCAGCACUGAGCACGGAUCAUGUAAGGAACCAGGUGGAUGCAAGUGUCUGUAUGGCUGGCAGGGUCAGUACUGCGACAAGUGCAUCCCCCACCCCGGCUGUGUGCACGGCACCUGUAAAGAGCCGUGGCAGUGCCUUUGUGACAUCAACUGGGGCGGUCACCUUUGUGAUAAAGACCUGAACUACUGUGGCACUCACCAGCCGUGCCUGAAUAGAGGGACGUGUAUCAACACAGGACCUGAUAAGUACCAGUGUACCUGCGCGGAGGGUUACUCGGGAGCCAACUGUGAGAGAGCCGAACACGCCUGUCUCUCAAAUCCAUGUUCGAAUGGAGGGAGCUGCUCAGAAACCAGUCAAGGCUUCGAAUGUCAGUGCGCACCAGGCUGGACCGGCCCCUCCUGCACGAUCAAUGUUGACGACUGCCUUCCCAACCCCUGCAACCAUGGCGGUACCUGCCAGGAUCUGGUUAACAGCUACAAGUGCCACUGUCCUUCACAGUGGACGGGGAAGACGUGUCUAAUUGAUGCCAACGAAUGCGACAGCAAGCCUUGCGUCAAUGCCAACUCAUGCCGCAACCUGAUUGGUGGAUACUUCUGCGAGUGCCUCCCUGGUUGGACGGGGCAGAACUGUGACAUCAAUAUAAACGACUGCAAGGACCAGUGCCAGAAUGGGGGAACUUGUAAGGACUUGGUAAACGGCUAUCGGUGCGCGUGCCCGCCUGGGUUCGCCGGCGAGCACUGCGAGAGGGACAUCGACGAGUGCGCGAGCUCGCCGUGUCUGAACGGCGGCCGCUGCCAGGACGAAGUGAACGGAUUUCAGUGCCUGUGUCUGACUGGCUUCUCAGGAAAUCUCUGCCAGCUGGAUAUUGAUUACUGCUUGCCCAACCCGUGUCAGAACGGAGCAGUCUGCUUCAACCUGGCCACAGACUACUACUGCGCCUGCCCAGAGGACUACGAGGGCAAAAACUGUUCUCACCUUAAGGACCACUGUCGCACCACCACGUGCAAAGUGAUUGAUAGCUGCACGGUUGCCGUGGCAUCCAACAGCACACCAGGAGGAGAGCGUUACAUCUCAUCAAACGUUUGUGGACCUCACGGUCGCUGUCAGAGUCAGGCCGGGGGCCAGUUCAGCUGCGAGUGCCAAGAGGGUUUCAGAGGCACCUACUGCCACGAGAACAUCAAUGAUUGUGAGAGUAACCCGUGCCGCAACGGGGGCACGUGUAUUGACAAAGUCAGCGUGUACCAGUGCAUCUGCGGUGACGGCUGGGAAGGCGACCACUGCGAGAUCAACAUAGAUGACUGCAGCACCAACCCCUGUCAUAAUGGAGGGACAUGUCGAGACCUGGUGACGGACUUCUUCUGCGAAUGCAAAAAUGGCUGGAAGGGAAAGACUUGCCACUCCCGCGAGAGUCAGUGCGAUGAAGCCACAUGCAACAACGGAGGCACCUGCUAUGAUGAGGGUGACACAUUCCAGUGCAAGUGUUCCCCGGGGUGGGAGGGAACGACGUGCAACAUAGCCAAAAACUCGAGCUGCCUUCCAAACCCGUGUGAGAAUGGAGGUACCUGCGUGGUGACGGGGGAUUCGUUCACCUGCGUCUGCAAGGAAGGCUGGGAGGGUCCCACGUGCACCCAAAAUACCAACGACUGCAGUCCACACCCAUGCUACAACAGUGGAACUUGUGUCGAUGGGGAUAACUGGUACCGCUGCGAGUGCGCCCCAGGCUUCGCUGGCCCAGACUGUCGGAUCAAUAUUAAUGAGUGCCAGUCCUCUCCAUGUGCCUUGGGCUCCACCUGCGUGGAUGAGAUCAAUGGAUAUCGCUGCCUAUGCCCACCAGACAGGACUGGAUCCCACUGCCAAGAAGUUACAAGAAAACCUUGCUCCGUUAAUGGACACGUCACCCCUGAUGGAGUGAAAUGGGAUGAAGACUGCAACACUUGCCACUGUUCCAAUGGGAAAGUUGUGUGCACAAAGAUGUGGUGUGGCCCGAUGUCAUGCAAACUGGGUGCCAAGGGCCGAGGCGAGUGCCCGUCAGGCCAGAGCUGCAUCCCCCUCAGGGAGGGCCACUGCUUUGUGAAGCCCUGCAUUGAGCUGGGAGAGUGCUGGCACUCCGACCCUCCCCAGCCCCCCACCAAAUGCCACCCCAGCUCCACUUACCAGGACAACAGCUGCGCCAACAUCACCUUCACCUUCAACAAGGAGAUCAUGCCUCGAGUCCAGGGCUUGACUGUGGAAGGAGUAUGUAAGCAGCUGAGGAGCUUAUACGUGGUCAAGAAUUUCUCCUUGGAGCAUUCUGUGUCCAUAACCUGUGACCCCUCAUUCUCAGCCAGCAACGAGAUCCACGUCUGCAUCUCGACUGACGACCACCGCUUGGACGGGAGCCCCGUUAAAAAGAUCACAGAAAGGAUAAUUGACCUGGUUAGCAAGCAUAACGGGAACAACACGAUCAUCUCCGCCAUCGCAGAAGUGCGUGUGCCAAGCCCCAGCAAAACUGAUUACCUAGUGCCCCUUCUCAGCUCCAUUUUCAUUGUCAUCUGGGUCCUCGUGCUGGUCUCCAUUUUGCUGUGGUGCAUGCGCCGGCGGCGGAAACAGAGCAACCACAACGGGACAUCAGCGACCAGCUCAGAGGACAACACGACCAACAACGUCCGGGAGCAGCUUAACCAGAUCAAGAACCCUAUAGAGAAGCACGUGGGCCUCACAGUGGCCAUUAAAGACUAUGAAAAUAAGAACUCCAUCAUUGCCAAAAUAAGGACAAAUCAUCCCGAGGGAGAUGAGGACGACAAGGAGAGGCACUUGCAGAAGGGCCGCUUUGCCAAACAGCCAGCAUACACACUGGUGGAGAGGGACGAGAAGGCGACCAUCUCCAAUCCCAACUCGACAUCCAAGCACGCUAAUUGGACUAACAAACAGGACAAUAGAGACUUGGAGACAGCAAACAGCAUAAACAGGAUGGACUACAUUGUAUAGCAGACAGCUGUGUUGCUGUGCAACCUAGCCUUACGCCUUCACACCCAGGUGGUGGGUGAAACUGGGGGAGCUUUGGCAUGUGUAAAUAGUCAUGUCAGUUGUGACCCCCCCUCCUCCCCCUCAGUAUUUUCAGAUAUUUCCCCGUGCUAAUUUAAGUUUUGACAAGCUGGCUUACACUGGCAGUGACAGUUGCUUUGGUUGGCUGGAAACACAAAGCACUGGUAUACAUUUCACUGUAGAACUAGUUGCAAACGUGUCCUCCUAUGCAUUUCAUUUCCCCGUUUCCUUUUUCUUUUUUUUUAGCGGACACAUUUAAGGGGCUCCUGGUGUAAUUGUUGUACAAUGAGUUUAAACUACCCGACGUGUUCAACACUAGAGCUAAUUAUUUUUAGUAUGUGUUUGAAUUUUUUCUAGUUCUAUUUGGAGAAAGUGCUUUUUCAGCUUUAGACUUCAGCAACUGUCAAAUGAGACAAAAAAAAAAAAAAAAAGAUCAACUUUAUUAUUUAUUUUUAUUUUUAGGGUUGGGUGGGGAGGGAGAUGAAAGGGGUUCAAUGUCAGCAGUUGCUGUCAAUAUGAAGAAUUUAUGUGACAAUUUAGAACGUGUAGAUAUGUACAUUUUUUUUUUUUAUUAAUCAUUGUGUAUAUUUGAUUUAUUAACUUAAUAAUCAAGAGCCUUAAGAUAUCAUUCCUUUUUAUUUAUACGUUCCAGUUUAGUUUGAAGGUUUUGAUAGCUGUGGAAGCCUACCAUUUCUUUCAAGGUUUUUUUUUGUUUUGUUUUGUUUCCAAUGCAUUCAAUAAAAGCCAAAUUUCAGAGAAGACAAAAGAUGGGUGCUUUGGCCCUGAAAGAAACACUUCAUUUUUGUUUCCCUCCCAUACACACGUUGGACAUUUCAUUAUUUGUUGCCAGGACCUUAAUUGUAGACAAGUGAGGUUAGGACAACAAAAGAUCACGGCUGCUGCAAGGGUUGGACAUGGUGGCAGACACAUUGCUUGCCACUAAUGGAUAAAUACUUAAGGGAACAAAAAUUCUUCAGCAGCUUCAGUUUAACCCAGACGUAUUUCAAAGGCUGUCGAAAUCAACCAAGUUGCGAGGCAAGUCACAUCAGUAUGACACGCCAGAAUUCCCAUCUGCUUUAGUCAGCAUAAUAUCAUAAGCUAGACUGUGAGUACUUGAACAGUAGGGGAGCAAUGGGAACACUGUAGUAUCAGAUAAAUACACUGCCUUGCUCUGCAAGAGUCCGCUUUGUUUCUGUGCACAUUUUGUUUCUUUUUAAAAAUUGAGGCUCUUAAAGACAAACAUGUUUUAUCUCAUUUGUUAACCCUUUGAGAUCGUGGCAACACUUUGUCCCUUUUCUUUUUUUGACUUUGUGUUAUGAACUUGAGAAUUAUGUGUUGAUCUGGCAAUAUAUUUUUGAAAGUCAUAUUUAUUAAAUAUUUUGUAUGAAACGAGAAUUAAAGUUGUCUCUGUUCUGGA